AUGACUCUUUACUACAGCCUUGUUUUCCUCCUUCUGGUGUUUGAGAUGGCCGUCUUCCUGGCCCUCAUCAUCCCUCUGCCCUUCACCAUCAAGCGCAAGCUGUUUGCCUUUAUCUCCGAAAGUCCAAUUAUCGCAAAGCUCCAGUAUGGUCUGAAGAUCACCUUUAUCUUCAUCCUGAUUUUGUUCCUCGACAGCGUCAACCGGGUGUACCGGGUGCAGCAAGAGCUGGCAACCUUCACCAAGGAUGGUGCUACCGUUGGAGCUGCCCACCUCGGUACUGACCGCAUGGAGGUUCAAGCCCGCAAGUUCUACUCCCAGCGCAACAUGUACCUGUGCGGCUUCACCCUGUUCCUCUCCCUAAUCCUCAACCGCACUUACACCAUGAUCCUCGAGGUCCUCCGUCUCGAGGACCGUGUCAAGUUCCUUGAUGGCGACAAGAAGGCCGGCGGCAAGGACUCUGCCCGCCUGGCCGAGGCCGGCUCCGUCGGCGAGAUUGGCGCUUUGAAGAAGGAGCUCGAGGCCAAGGACCGCGAUAUCGAGACCCUUAAGAAGCAGUGCGAGGGACUGACUGCCGAGUACCACAAGCUCGGCGACCAGGUCUCCAGCUCCAAGGGUGACAAGAACGAGAAGAAGUCCCUCUAA